GGUCUGUGCAGGUGUGCUGCUGCGGGUUCUAGGGGCGCCGCUGGCGCCACUGAAGCCGCUAUUGCCCCAGGUCUACGGGAACGUAGUACCUUACAGGCCCUCUUUUUUUUUUUUUUUUGCCUCAAGCCGCAGGCUGAUGUGACUGACGAGAUCGCUGAGGGGAUUAUCUUACACUGAACUGAUCAGGUACUUUGAAAAUGACUUCAAAGCUUCUCUGGAUGUCCUUCGUACUUGUUGCAAUAACAUCUUCAAUUACAUUUUCUCUCCAACCAGACCGGCAAAAAGUCCUACUGGUUUCAUUUGAUGGAUUCCGUUGGGAUUACUUAUAUAGAGUCCCAACACCUCAUUUUCAUUAUAUUAUGAAAUAUGGUGUUCAUGUGAAGCAAGUCAAUAAUAUUUUUAUUACAAAGACUUACCCUAACCACUAUACUUUGAUAACUGGCCUCUUUGCAGAAAGUCAUGGGAUUGUUGCCAAUGAAAUGUUUGACCCUAUUCUGAACAAAUCUUUUUCCUUGGAUCACAUGAAUGUUUAUGAUUCUGAGUUUUGGGAUGAAGCAAUGCCAAUAUGGAUCACAAAUCAGAAGGCAGGCCAUACUACUGGUGCAGCUAUGUGGCCUGGAGCAGAUGUACAGAUACAUAAAAGUUUUCCUUCAUACUACAUGCCUUAUAAUGAGUCCAUCUCAUUUGAAGAUAGAGUUGCCAAAAUUAUUGAGUGGUUUACAUUGAAAGAGCCCAUAAAUCUUGGUCUUCUCUAUUGGGAAGACCCUGAUGACAUGGGCCACCAUUUGGGACCUGACAGUCCACUUAUGGAACCUGUCAUUUCAGACAUUGACAGCAAGCUAGGAUAUCUCAUAGAUAUGCUGAAAAAGGCAAAGUUGUGGAAUGUUGUGAACCUAAUCAUCACAAGCGAUCAUGGAAUGACCCAGUGUUCUGAGGACAGGAUAAUAGAACUUGACCUAUAUCUGGAUAAAGACCUCUACACCCUGAUUGAUCAGUCUCCAGUAGCAGCCAUCUUGCCCAGAGAAGGGAAAUUUGAGGAAGUCUAUGAAGCGCUAGUUCAUGCACACCCUAAUCUUACUGUUUAUAAAAAAGAAGAGAUUCCAGAACGAUGGCAUUAUAAAUACAACAGUCGAAUUCAGCCAAUCAUAGCAGUGGCUGAUGAGGGAUGGUAUAUUUUACGGAAUAAGUCAGAUGACUUUCUGUUAGGCAACCAUGGCUAUGAUAAUGCCUUUGCAGAAAUGCAUCCAAUAUUUUUAGCCCACGGUCCUGCCUUCAGAAAGAAUUUCACAAAAGAAGUCAUGAAUUCCACAGAUCUGUACCCACUGCUGUGCCACCUCCUCAAUAUCACUGCCCCGCCACACAAUGGGUCACUCAGGAACGUCCAGGAUCUGCUAAGUUCGGCAACUCUGAGGGCAGUUUCUUAUACACAGAGUACCACAGUGUUCCGUGACACCAGCAAAUCAAGAGAAUAUGAGCAAGGCCAGCCAUAUGCUUAUUUCCUAGGAAUCUCUCUAGGGAGCAUUAUAGUUAUUGUGUUUUUUGUAAUUUCAAUUAAACAUUUAAUUCGCAGUCAGAUACCUGCCUUUUCAGAUAUGCAGUCUGAAAUAGCUCAACCAUUAUUGCAAGCCUAAUGUUACUUUGAAGGGGAGAUUUGUAAUGAUGCUAGUGUUUAAAGGUUUCAAAUUCUUAGAAGCCAGUUUUAGAUGUUUGCACAGACCACUCAGCAGUUAUAUACAUGUAAGCACAGUCUAACAUAUACACAUAGGUGGGCCAAAAUGCACAUACCUACAAAGGAUUGAACCUGUGGAACUAUGUUCUACUAUUCUUUUUAGCUUAGGAUUGGAUAAGAUUCUGCUGUAUUUGGAUUUAGCUCAUAUAAUGUAUAUAUUUAGCAACUUUGCACUAUAUAAAGUACCUUAUAUAAUGCACUUUACUCUCCUAGUGGGUACUUUUAUGUGACUUGCACUUUAAUAAUAACUAUGUCUUAUAAUUUAAUUGAAAAACAAUUUUUGUGCCCAUGUCAUUAGAAUACUCAAUAUUCACUGGUAAAUGAAUGAAAUCUGUAAUAAUCCCUGAGUAAGAAAGACAGCUAUCUUUAAACUGGGGGAGCAAAAUGUAAGUGAAAUUCAUUUAAGUAUAAUCUACCUUUGUACACUGAAGUUUGAAAAGAUAUAUGUCCAAAGGCAGGGCACAUCUUUGGGCAUUCUGUCACAUGUAUUUCCUAAGAAUGUGAGUUUUCAUUUUACUUUUCUUUCCAAAAGAGAUUGAAAUACUGAGAGAUUCAUUCUAAACACUGCUUCUUUUCUGUAAUGAAUAAAAUCCCAUUACUUUUA